CCCACAUGCAUAGACUAGUAUGACGCUCGGAACCUGCACUCCCAAAAGCGCUCGCUUCUCUCGCUAAAGUGAUAAUAAAUAUGGGCGAUCAUUCACAGCUACUCCCUCUUCUCCUCCUUUGCCGUCAUUCUCUUCUACGUCGCCUCUCUCCUUCUCUCCUCCACUUCGUCUUCCUCGCAUUCCUGCGCAGAAAUAGACAGUAAUCUUCGCCCCGUUCCUCUGUUUCUCAAGUCCUCCCCACUCUAUUUCAGUCCCCUCCUAUCCAAUUUAUAAAUCUACAAUGGCUGUUCCUGCUGUUGCCGCUGCCGUUCCCGCGGCGCUCUAUGUGAGCUCCAAGCUGGCACUCCCCCGCGACGUCAAGUUGGCCCGCGGAUUGGUCAAUGCUAAGCUCAACUAUCGCUCGUACGAGAAAAACGACACAGUCAACAUCUCGUACCGCUUUGAAGAGACCUGCAAGAAGCACCCUAACAAGGAGGCCCUAGUCUUUGAGGGAAAGUCUUACACGUUCGCAGAUAUCCAGAGAGAGUCCAACAGGAUCGGCAACUGGCUGUUGUCUAAGGGUGUGAAGCGCGGCGACAUUGUAUCGCUUCUCAUGCAGAAUCGUCCCGAGUUCUUGUUCUGCUGGCUCGGUAUCAACAAAAUCGGUGCCACGGGUGCCUUCAUCAACACAAACCUCACCGGCAAACCCUUGACACACUCUUUGAAGACCGCCACGUCCUCCCUAUUGAUCUUGGAUAACGAAUUGGCACAACCAAUCGCCGACGUUCUGGACGAGGUCUUGCAGAUGGGAUACACAAUCUACUCGUACGCUGGUGAACAGGCGUCGCCGAUUGAUUUUGCAACGCCCGUGGAUCUCAAUGGUAUCUCGGACGCCGCCUUGCCAAAAAGUCUGAGGAAAAAGACGACCGCUAAUGACAUUGCCAUGCUCAUCUACACCUCCGGCACCACGGGUCUUCCCAAGGCGGGGCGAUUCUCGCACUCGCGCGCAAACUUGGCGGCCCAUUUCUGGGAAUCGUUUUACUACUUCUCUCCUCAGGAUCGUCUCUACAUUGCGCUGCCACUUUAUCACAGCGCUGGAGCCGUCCUCGGCAUGUGCGUCGCCUGGGUGACCGGCGCCACCGUUGUUCUUGCACGCAAGUUUUCGACUUCCUCCUUCUGGGACGAGUGCCGUGUGAACAACGUCACUGUGAUCCAGUAUAUUGGCGAGAUCUGUCGCUACCUGCUCAACGCCCCUCCUUCACCCCUCGACAAAACACACACCAUCCGUAUGGCGCACGGAAACGGAAUGCGGCCGGACGUCUGGUCACGCUUCAGAGACCGCUUUGGCAUCCCCCUGAUCGGUGAGUGGUAUGCCAGUACCGAGGGAACUGGUAUCCUGACGAACUACAACACUGGUGAGAAUGGUGUCGGUGCCAUCGGAUACAGAGGCAAGGUCGCCAGGACAGUGGAUUGGGGCUUGAAGAUCGCUAAGUUUGAUGUUGUGUCCGAAGAGCUGAUCCGCGACAAGAAUGGACGCUGCAUCGAGUGCGCUGCGGACGAGCCUGGCGAGCUGUUGACGAUUAUUGACUCUUCAGACCCUACACGCGCCUUCCAGGGCUACCAUCAGAACGCGAAUGCCAACUCCAAAAAGGUUGUCACUGACGCUUUCAAGGUCGGCGACCGCUACUUUCGAACAGGCGAUAUCCUUCGUCGCGACAAGGACGGCUACUUCUACUUUGGUGAUCGUGUCGGCGACACAUUCCGCUGGAAGUCCGAGAAUGUUUCCACGGCUGAAGUUUCAGAGGUUCUCUCGACCUACCCAGACUGCAUCGAAGUCAAUGUCUAUGGUGUUCAAAUCCCCGGACACGAUGGAAGAGCGGGCAUGGCAGCAAUUGUUUCCAAGGACACGAUGGACUGGGAUAAGUUCGCCAAGUUUGCACUCAAGAAUCUGCCCCGCUACUCGGUUCCUAUUUUCAUCCGAAAGUCACCCGCGAUUGAGAUCACAGGAACAUUCAAGCAAAGGAAGGUCGAGCUCGUGAAUGAGGGUAUGGACCCCAGUAAGAUCCAGGAUGAGAUGCUCUGGAUGGAUGGCCAGUCUUACAAGCCCUACAAGGCCCCAGAGUAUCAGCGCGUUGUGAGCGGCAAGGCGAAGUUGUAGAAAACAGGAAAGAAAAAAAUACAUAAGCAGAAUAUAUCAAAUUCGAUUUUCUUCCUUAGAGCGCUUAUGUGAUGAUUAAAGGGAUAUACUCCCAGCCGUUUGCAU